AUGGAGACCCUGGCGUCUGGCAUUGAGCCCGCCAUGACUAUCGCUCGCUCGACUUUGGAGUGGACCACCGUCAAGACGACGCUCCCUGCUCUCCCAUACCCUCCAAUGGCAGAGCGGAAAGCCGUUCGCACCCAGCGACUCCUCAUCAGGCCAACCGAAAUGGCAGAUGCCGAAGCGUUUCACGAAAUGCGCUUGCAGCCCGAGGUCAUGAAAUGGACCCUCCAGGGCGUCCCGGACGUGGACCUGGAGGCGACGCGCAGGUUCAUGGCCAAGACUCUUCCUCCCAAUGACACGAAAACGUUCAAUUUCGCCAUCUGCCUUGCCGAGACAGGCCAGCUUUUGGGCGUGGGCGGCUCGCACAUGCGCAACGGCGAGCUGGGCUGGCCAGUCAUUGGAUACAUGUUCCGCUCAGACGCUUGGGGGAAAGGAUAUGCCACCGAGUUUGUCAGGGCGUUCCAGGACAUGUGGUGGGCGCUGCCGAGGGCGGAGGUUGAGCUCAAGGUGUCGACGGACACCGUGCAUGGGGAGGGCGAGAUCAAGGAUGAGUUCAUUGUCGCCGUGACGGUGGGAAGCAACAUGGGCAGUCAUGGUGUGUUGAAGAAGAGCGGGUAUAAGCUCAUCAAGAUUUGGGAGGACGAGGACGCCCAGUCUGAAGAUGAGGUGGUCGACUUGUAUGCAUUUGCGGCAAAGCGUCCGUGA